AUGAAUAAUAUUAACAAAGAUUAUGCUACACGGUGCGUCAAAAUUCUUGUAGAUGGCUGUCGAUGUGUCAAUUGUGACCACUUGCAUCAACAACGCUUAAGAUAUAUUUGUGGACACUCGGUAUGCGAGAAUUGUGUAGCAAUAGAUAACACAUGUGUUCUUUGCUCUCCUACCUCUAAUCAAGAACCUUCUGCUGAUAAACCUCAAAGUGACAGAGUUCAGCAUGCUAUAGAACUUUUAAACUCCUUUCAAGACCUCUUUAAUGUGAAUGUUUAUAAAAAGGACAGAAUUUCUGAAAAGCUGAAAAUAGAAAAAGAAAUAUUUCCUGAAUGCAUUCAAGCAUCUGAGAAAUACUAUAAUAAACGAAAAAGCAGUGUGUUUGUUGAAAAAGAAACCUAUAAACCUUCACUUCCUGGUGAGGAUAUAUUUGCACCUGUAAAAGUAAAAAUGAAAUCAUCUAAAAGUUAUGUUUUACAAUGGCUGCAUCAAAAUGAAAAUAAUUCAAAACAUCAAAAGGAAAAUUCUCGAAAGCCUCUUUCAGAUUUAAGCAUUAAUAGUCCGCAGCGGGUAAACAUAAAAAGUAAUAAAAGCCUACUAGCAAACAGAAAGAGGACCAUACACAAAUCUGGACUUGACACACAUUGUAAGAAGUUAAAAUUAAACAUUGCAGUAAAAGAUAAAUGUCAACAUAAUGAAAGCGGUAUAGAAUUAGAUGAUGAUAUUUGUGUAUUGAAUGAUUCACCUACAGAAGUCUUUGACAAGGAUAGAUUAUGCAUGGCUGUAUUGGAAGCCGACAAACAUAAUCAAACUAUCACUUUGAAAAAAAGUAAUGACAAACAAAAAGAUAUUCCUAAAGUCAAAGGUAUCCCUCCGUCUACCUCAUUCUUUAAAAUUCCAUUUUACAAAAAGGGAACACUUUUAGAAACCUGUAGUUUGUGUAAAGAAUCAGUUGAGCAGAAGACAUUUUACAGAAGUUCUAUAAAUAAGAAAGAUGUUAAUAUAACAAUAGAUACCCCAAACUUUUUUACAACAAUAAAACUGUCAGAAAUAAAGCCUAAAACUACACUUGAAUAUAAAACAGCUGCAGUACAAACAGACAGUGAGAUAAGUAAGAAUAAAAUAUUAAACUAUGAGGCUUGUGGUGCUAAAAAUAAUAAGGAAGAAAUAGAUGUAUAUUUAAAAGAUAAGGACAGCCUUGAUUCUUUAAAUAAAACAAAGCCUAUAGUUAUCGAAGAAUCUGACAGUGAUAGUACAUAUUGCGAGGAGGAUAUUGAAGAAAUUGAGAUAGAAGCUGAAGUGCAUAGGCCUAAUGAUUGUAUAGACCAUGUGUUGAGGCCUUUAGAGCGAAAGGAAUAUGAGAACAGAAUCAUUCCUAAAGUUAGAGGCACUACACCAGCAAGUUCAGAUUCAUCAGACAAAGAAAACUUUGAUCCCAAAAAGAGGAAACAACCUGCUGGUAAAAAGAAACUUAAGCAUAAGAAAAGGUAUUGUUAA